AUUUAUUCUCAUUUGCAUGCUGAUUAUCUUCAUUUUAGUAGCAACUACACUUCAACUCGACACUACUCUAUUUGUUGAAACCUCAGGAAUCAAAGAAGUGAAAGUCUUGAUGAAUGCAGAAUAAUAGAUCUAUUACUAACAAUUUGAUGACUAUGGCAAAAUAUUGUAUACCCCAUCAAUUACCUAAUUAGAUCAGUCAAUUUUACAGGAAAUGACAUAUCGAAGUCUUUCUGUUAACCUUUUUACCAAGGAGUUUCUCUAACAAUAUCAUCUGAAGGAUUGGUACCAUUGGUGAGUCAACAAGUGAAGAAGAGUUUGGAUGACCUCUCUGAGGACGAUUUGUUUUUAGGAUAUCGAGAAAAAUUGAUUUCAUUAGCUAACAGCCCUGAUGGAAUUUGUGUAUUGACUUCGAAAGGAAAUGUCUAUUUGAUUGUAUCAAAUGGCAACAAUCCCAUUAUUAUAAAAAAUUAAACUCUGCCUCAUGUUACUCUAAAUCAAGAACCAGAAACAUUAGUUUACGAUGAAAAAUCAAGAUAUUUUUUUGCAUUUUUCAAAGAUCAUUUAAUAAAAUUUUAGUUUCAAUAAGAGUAGUUAGAUGCAGCUUCAAUCUCUGAAUGGAUUUCUCCGUAAAAAAAAAUGAGGCUUGUUGCUAGCAAUGGUUGGCUUUAUUGCACUUAAGAAGAAGACGGUUUGCUAAUCUAUUAAAUGUCACAUAAUCAUGUUUAACAUGUUAAAACCAUAAAAUCAAUUGAUUUAUAUAAUAAAACUGUAGAGAGCUUUUAAAUUGUUGAUAUUGCAGUUUUUGAAGAUAAACUGUACAUAUUAGAUGCUAAAAAUGGAGUAUCAUUAUUUAACAUAUUUUUCAAUGGAACUUUUACAAAAAAUGAUAAAUUUGGAACUAUUAACCUCCAAGACUGUCAUUCCAUUUCUGCAAAGGAUACAACUUUGAUUGUUCUUCAAAACUUCAAAUAGAGUUUUUAAGUUGUUGAAUUUUACGUAAAGAAUGAUGAAUGGAUCUAAAUCCGAAAGUAUGUUACUAAGAGCAAGUUACAAAGGGCCGACAUAAUUGAUGAUAAUCUAGUUAUAAUAAGAGGAUUGCAUGAUCACAAGAUCUUACUCACAAGAAUGCCAGAAAAAUAUUUAGACAAACAAAAUCAUUAAUUGUAAAUUCUUAAUUGUUAUUUAGGGAAAACUAUUUUUUUAGUGGUAAUUUGCUUGGAGUUGAAAAAUCUGGAGAUAACAAUGAUACUCUCAUUGCUGUGUCUCCUCAUGGAUUUUAUUAGUUCUCCUAUUAUUAUUAUCCCACUUACAUGAUUUGCAAUAGCAAUAAUGCUAAAUCAGGACGAUACUAAUCAAAUGUAAUUAUUAUUUCUAUGCACGAUAGAUGAUUUUGAAAAGCACAAACUGUUCAAAGAAAAUAGAAACACAGGAUGAUUUGUUUUAUUGCUGGACUGAUUUUCAUUAUACAUUUGAAGUUAAGAGACCCCUGUUCUCUGCAGAAGAAUAACAGAAUUAUACUAUUUUUGUGAUAAUUCUUGGCGUUGUUUGUGUAGUAAUGUUAUCCAUGAUAGGAUACUAUUACUCCAAAUAACAGAAGAGGUUAAAAAAAUUAAUAGAAAUAGAAAAAAGAAAUAAAGCAAAUAAGGUCUAAUAAUUAAAAGGAUGAUUAUUUAAUUUUAUAUUCUAAG